CCACAAUUAAAUUUUAGCAAAAAAAUAUAUAAAUAAUAUAAAAAUCAUUACAUAUUUUAUAUACAUAUAUAUAGAUGACCUGCAUUGAGAAAACCCUUUCAAGAUUUGGUGGAUCAUUCAAGAAACACACAUAUUCAAACUUCUCCAAAGAAAAGAAAAUAGCAAAAACUAGAAUGAAGAAGACAAUGGAGGAUCCAAGCAAGAUCAUGAGAAGGUCAAUUCACACUUUCCUCCAAAACUACCACCGUGUCACCACCGCAGCCGCCGUGGCCCUCCCUUUCUCCGCCGGUCUCCUCCUCUCUCAGCCUUUCUUCUCUUCUUCCUCUUCCACCCUUCACAUGAGGCUUAACAUGCUCUUCCGCGGAGCGGGUUUCUCUUCUUCUCAUGACUUCUUCAACAUCUUAAGCCUUAAACUCUCACAAACCCUAUCUUCCUCUUUAUUCACUCUUCCUUUCUCCCUCACAUUCCUCCUUUUAUCCAAAGCUUACGUCAUCAAACUUCUAUCAAACAAUCACUCUGCAGAUUCCUCCUCUGUUUUCUACCUCCGGCUUCUCAAAACUUACGUUUGCAACUUCUUCUUCCUUCUCUCUGCAAACGCCUCUGCUUUUGCUCUGUUUUUCUUAGCAUACAAUACCCUUGAAGCCUUUGGAUUCUCUUCAAGAAACUUCUACACUUUCCUCUCCCUAUCCUCAGCAAUCAUCUACUCAAUUAUCAUCGCAAACGCCUUUGUCAUCUCUAAUCUAGCCUUGGUUUCAUCACCUUCUUCUUCCUCGGGAGGAUACACAAACAUCCUCAAGGCGUGUCUUCUGAUUCGCGGAAGAAAUUCAACAGCAAUGGCUCUUGCUCUGCCUACCAAUCUCGGCUUAGCAGGAGUCGAAGCCUUGUUUCAGUACCGAGUCAUGAGAUCUUAUUACAAUGGAGACAGAGAUAUCAUAUCCAUAGCUCUUGAAGGAACCUUCAUAGCUUACUUAUACGCUCUCUUCUUGGUUCUUGACACCAUAGUCAACUUCCUCUUUUACCAGAGCUGCAUCAAAAACGAGGAAGAUCAAAAUAUCGGUAGAGAAGACGAGUAUUCAAUCAAGAUCCAAAUCAGCGAAACAGAGAACACAAAGAUACACAUCAAAGGAUCAAAGAACUUGCAAGAAAUCUUGUGACUCUCUUGUGUUGGUUGAUGUAAUUAUUACUUAUACAAAAAAAGUGAAAAACUUUAUGAGAUUAUUGAUUCUUUAAGGAUAAUCUCAAGUAGCUUUCACUUCAAAGAAGAGCAAAGGUACACACACAGUAAAGAACAAUCACAGGAUCUGCAAAACUUUUUCUUCUUCCUCUGUUUCUGCUUUUCUUUAUUUUAGUCUCUUUUUUUUCCACAUUGUAAAGUCAAAUAUACCAGAAAUUUUAAUUAAUGCAAAUCUUGGAAUUCACAUUUGGUUAAUCCUACAGUAUAAUUUCAUUGCCGACAAAAUAUAUUAAUUAGCAAUGAUUUUGAUUACUUCCUUAAGUUAUGAAGAUGUUGACUAGAUUCACACUUUAACAAGAGUGAAG